GAAGUGACUGCGCUCCCUCGUGUAAAACCGCAGUGUUAUGUUCUGCUUUGUUUCGUUUCGCUUCCGUAAGUGACUCGAUAUUUAGUGGCUGCAGGCAGGGUUAUUACUUGUGGUUUUACUUCUUUAAAAAAAAAAAAAAAAAAAAAAAAAAAAAAAAUGAUACCGAGUGGCUCAGUUCGAUACGAAAAGCUGCCAAAUACGGAGGAAACCGGCGACGAAGACGCCGGCGGAAGCGGAGAAGAAGAGGAGGAUCAAGUUACCGUCUUUUUGUACUCGCCCUCUGGCUCGUUCCACAAGCGCAACCCGAGGAGGGAACUGUGGCUUCGCGUCGCCGUGGCGGCAGUGCUUCUAGCUGUAUCCCUGGGCUUUGUCGUCUGUGAGUGGUACGGGUGCCUGUCGGCGGACGCGAGCCUGGAGGGGGGUCUCCAGAACCAUCACCAUGAUGGACAUGCACUUGAUAGUCAGAGCCACAAAGAAACAGAGGACCGCGAUCACCAGGGCAAAUCAGGGCAUCGCUCACACGAGCACCCCAGCUCACAGUAUCAUCACGGAGUUGUCAUCACAGACUCGACUGUCUGCUCUGAGGCGGGCAGGGAAGUUCUUGAAGAUGGAGGAAAUGUAGUCGAUGCCGGGAUGGCUGCUUUGCUCUGUUUAGGAGUUGUGCAUCCACAUGCUGCUGGUGUAGGUGGAGUCUUUUCAGGAAUCCUUUACAACCGUACAACUGGAAUUUCAAGAGGAAUACGCACGACUUGUACGGGAUCCCCCUUAAUUACGUACGGUGUUCCAGCUACUCUGCAAGGAAUUAGACGGUUACAUUCGCUAUAUGGCAGAUCGAACUGGGAGAAGCUGUUUGUGAAAGCCAUCAAACUGGCCAAGGAAGGAUUCCAUAUAGACGAUACUCUUGCACUGGCAUUAAAAUCCAAUGAAUUAAGAAUAUGCCAGUCAGCGCUGCGUGACCUUUUUUGUGACAGAAAUGGGAGCGUUAAGGCCCCCGGCUCUAUCGUCACCAAUCGGAAGUUAUCUGAGCUUUUGCAGAGCGCCGGUGCAAAUGACUCUCUUUUGCCAGAAAGUCUCGGCAUGAAAUUGGCCGUAGACCUACCCUCGGCUGCACAGCAAGCUUUUGUCAAGAACAUUCAGCGGUGUGGUGUAGAAAUCAGGGAGCCCUUUACAAUCGAAGAAGAAGGCUAUUCUGUUUUCACUGCUUCUUCGGAGCUUUUUAGUUCUAUUAUUUCAGAGACAGUGAAGAGGCACAGUGCACAGAAUGCAUCAUUUUGGGGCGAUGCAAGUGACUACACCAAUGUCUCCAUCUACGUCAGUCUCUUCAACACAGCCAAGCUUGUAUAUAACAACUUCUUGGGCAACCAAAGCCUGGGAGGUCUGCCGGUAUCAAAUAUGGUGAGUAGUCAUAUUGGGGUGCUGGACAACAGCGGCAAUAUUUUAAUAGUAUCUACCUCACUCAACAGUUCAUUCGGAGCAGCUCAGGUCUUGCCUUCCACCGGAGUUCUUCUGAGUGACUUUGUUUUGGAUCCUGCUGCUGAUCUGGCUCAGUGGAGUUGUGCUUCAAUAGUGAAACUCAGGCAAACUGAUAAAGAGGAUGACGAUGACAGUGAAGAUGCGCUCGGUGUUGGGGUGACCGGUGGUUUUUCCGCUCCUUUUAUUGCUGCUCAAAUUAUCAUCAACAGGCUCAUUUUAGGAAAGUCCAUUUCAGAGGCAGUGAUUAGUCCCCUUCUUCACGUGGAAAUGGUGAGCCCAGAGUCAUUGUCAGCUUGCAUUUCUGUGGUGUCAAACACGUCUGACACUUACAAGCUUCUGAUGGAGGGAGAAGGCCAGAUGCACACGCAGGCUGCGGAUGAGUGUGCGGACAAAACUGUGGCUUUCAUCAUGCAGAAACACGCAGGCCACGUGGGAGCCUACGGGGUGCCUGCAGCCAAAGCUUGCACUGAUGGGUUCUGAGGAUGGACUCCAGAGGAGGAAACACAAAUGUGGCAGGUGCUGCAGCUGUGCUCCAAUGAAAGGGGUCCUGAGAAGAGAGUGGGCGACUUCCCCUACACCUGCUUCCCAGUACACUGGAUUGGAUUGUCCCUGUCAUUGUACCACCCAGCCCAUGCUCAUGGGACAAGACACAAGCACUAAGCACAGUGGAGAUGGUCAGUGGUGGCUGCUGCUAUAGUUUGUCAUGUGUUUGUUGUUCUUCUGCUUCACUGUUGGAAUUUUUAGCUUGAUUUGGCCAUUAUAUUUAAUGUUCGUACACAUUUUACAUUUAUUUUAUGAUUUUAUGUGUGUUAUUUUUCUUUUUUCUUCUUGCUCGUCUGCAAAGUUCUCCAUCAGUUUUUGAGAAACCUUUACAUUCUGUGGCUUCUAUCAGUUUCACCUAACAGCAGUUGGCAGCUAUGUGUUUUGUAGAGACUAAAUAAUUCUCAAUUUCUUAUGCCUUAUUAAAGUACAGUUUGGAUAAUGUGGUACAGUACAGUGUUCCGAAACUGCACCCUCUACUGGUGCGCUCACUGGUUGGCCAUUGCUGGAAGUAAGGAUGAAUUUUCUGUGGAACACAUUGUAUGCAAUCCAUGUGCCAUGGAUUCCUUUUAUUUCUAUUGCCUUGGACCAGAACUGCUUUCAGUAAUGUGCAUUGUGAUGUUCUCCAAUGUUCUUACUCUUGAAUGCAGACUUUCAAGCCAAAGGGUAAAACCUAACUCUUUCUCAUUACCCCUUUGUUUGCAUUUACUUCAUACCUAGUAUAAUUCAAAUGAAAAAUAAAUUAAAACAUUUUAACAUAAGAACAAAGACAAAAAUGUUACUGAAAAUUGUGAACAAAGUUGAAGAUAGCUUUACUGGGAGGCUUAAUGUUUACAAAAUAAUGCAUUUACAAAGUCAGAUGCAGUGCCUCGUUUGCACUGGCAUACCUGCUUUUCCAGUGCUAGGUGUAAAUGGGAGCUUUAUAUUGUUUUGCUUUGAUCACGAGUCCCAUGGCAAACAAAAAAGCUUAUCAGGUCUAAGUGUCCAGUGUCUUUAAGUUGUCCAGGCUUGUUCAACACAUUGAAGUUCAGGCCCUGCUGCUGGGACUGGGAGUUUGUCAUAAUGUGUUGCCAUGUAGAAAACUUGUUCCAUAUUUCUAAAAAGGGAGCAAUGCUCUAGGUUUGUCCAGUCUGUGUUGUCAUUUCGUAAGCUGUAUGUCUGAUAUUUACCUUAAUGAUAUACCAAUUUAAAUGAUAAUUAUGUGUGACUUUAUUUGCUGUGUCACUUUAAAGGAAAUCAUGGUUUCAUAGUAUUUCAUAAGAAAGACAUAAAUGAGUGGCACGGUGGCACAGCGAGUAGCGCUGCUGUCUCACAGUGCCUGAGUGGUGUGAGA